GUGUGUGUGUGAAUAAGACAUGGAUGGGGGUGGGCCAUGCAGGCAGAGACGAAUAGCUGUGGCUGGUUAAAUGAGAUGUAGACAUUAUACGAGUGAGAAAGACAGCCAGAGAAACGGUUAGAGAGAAAGGUGGAGAGAGAGAGAGCGAGAGAGAUCGAAUACAGAGGGGUGUUUUGAAAAGUAGUUGGAAAGCUUUUUACAGUGAACAAACUGGACGAUGCUGAGCGCAACAGUUCUUGUGAAGAACCAGAUGAUGGUUUGUCUGAGAGGAGGAUCAUGGACAUCGCCAAGUUGCCUGCUUUACAAAUCAGGGAUUCAGAGAGUUUUUAUGUCCAGCAGGUCAGAACCCAGUUCUCCAAGAGUCAGAACCAAAAUACCUGGCCCUCGAUCAUUAGCUUUGAAAGCUGAGCUCACUAAAUUACAGAACACUGGCAGUGUGGUGUUCUUUACAGACUUUGAUAGAAGCCAGGGCAACUACAUCACCGAUGCCGAUGGCAACUGUUUGCUUGACCUCUACACACAGAUUGCUUCCAUUCCAUUGGGUUACAAUCAUCCGAAAAUGGUCGAGGUUUUGAAGAAUGACAAAAACUGGGCCCUUUUUGCCAACAGACCAGCCCUUUCAUCAUUCCCACCUAAAGAAUGGGUCAGCAAAUUAAACAAGACGUUAAUGUCGAUGGCGCCACCUAAUUUAACUCAUGUUCAGACAAUGGCGUGUGGAGCAUGCUCUGUGGAAAACUGCUUAAAAUCCAUGUUUAUGGUGUACCAGAGACAGAAGAGGAAAGGUCAGCCGCCAUCAGCUGAGGAACUGCAAUCAUGCUUGGUGAAUGAACCACCAGGUUCCCCUGACCUAUCCAUUCUAUCUUUCAGGAACUCUUUCCAUGGCAGAACAAUGGGGGCUCUAGCUAUCACACACGCCAAAUGGUUCCACAAGCUGGAUUUUCCCCAGCCUCGCUGGCCUGUAGCAUCAUUCCCUUAUCUGAGGUACCCCUUGGAGGAGAACCAGAGGGAAAAUCGAAUUGAAGAGGACAGAUGUUUAGCCGAGGUCGAAGAACUGAUAGAGAAGUACUCCAAGAUGAAACAGCCUGUUGCCGGAAUCUGUGUCGAACCAAUCCAGGGUGAAGGGGGAGACAACCAUGCUACACCAUAUUUUUUCCAAAAUCUUCAGAAGAUUUGCAAAAAGAACCAUAUCAGUCUGAUGUUGGAUGAAGUUCAAACUGGGUGUGGUGCCACAGGAAAGUUGUGGGCCCAUGAACAUUUUGACCUCCCAGAACCACCAGAUCUGGUCAGUUUCAGUAAGAAAAUGCUGACCGGUGGCUUUUACUUCAGAAGUAACCAGAUGCCACAUGAGGCCGGCCGUAUUUUCAACACGUGGGUUGGUGACCCUGCCAAAGUGAUCCAGUUGGAAGCCGUCUCCAAGGUAAUCAAAGAGGACAACCUCUUGAGUCUGGUUCGGGAGACAGGUAGAUACAUGCUGGCCUCUCUCGAAGAUGCUCAGCGGAAGUACCCGGGUAUUUUAAGCCGAGCCCGAGGUCUUGGAACCUACGUUGCCAUUGAUUUCAAAGACAGUGCCACUCGAGAUGCUUUCAUCCAAAAUGCAAGAUUAAAAGGCGUCAACCUGGGCGGAUCCGGAUCGGUCACUCUACGCUUCCGACCGACUUUGACCCUCAGAAAGAAACACGUCAACAUAUUCCUGGAUGUUCUUCAUUCUCUGUUGGCGCAGAUGAAAUAAUUCCUUCUUCCUCCUCAGUCGUUGCCAAUCCAUCGUCAAUCUCGACCCCCACCCCCACCCAUCUCUUUCUUUCUCUCUCUGCUCAUUUAGUGUCCAUCAUCGUUAUUGGUGAUGGUAUUUAACCCCAGGUCAAGGUUGAUCAAACAGCUCUAGGCUACAGUGGUUGAACAUGAUAGACAUCCUAAUUACAACAAAUACUGUUCUGUAUUUAAGAGAUGAGGAAUUAUGUACAUUAUUUACAUUAUUUACAUUAUUUACACUUGACGGAUAUUUGUCCUCAUCUUGUUUGUUGUUAACACAACGUUUCGGCUGGUAUACCCUCCAGCCUUCAUCAGGUGUCU